UAUCACUUGAAGAAACGAUGGCGGACUCUGAAGAGCCAAAAGCAGGUCCUUGCACUUUCUUGUUCAAAAAAUCUACAAAGAAAUUCUCCGGACGAAAGAGGAAAGCAAGCGACAGCGACAAAGAUGGCAACAGUGAUGAGGACCAGAGCUCUGUGGUUAGAAAAGGAAAGAAAGACACUCGAGUCAACCCCAUGAUUCAAAGGUCAAAGAAGGUGGAGAAAGACGUGGUAUCUUCCAGUGAAAGUGAAGAGGACAAAGAAGACAAGAAGAUCACGGUUGCCUACAAGUCCACACGGUCAGCGAAACCCGAGGGGCCCGAGGACAUGGGUGCAACCGCUACAUAUGAGCUGGACACAGAGAAAGACAAGGACGCUCAGGCCAUCUUUGAGAGGAGUCAGAAAAUCCAAGAGGAGCUGACGGGUAAAGAGGACGAUAAAAUCUACCGCGGGAUCAAUAACUACCAAAAGUUCAUCAAACCAAAAGAUACCACCAUGGGCAAUGCUUCCUCUGGCAUGGUCAGAAAAGGACCAAUCCGAGCUCCCGAACACCUGAGAGCCACAGUCAGGUGGGACUACCAGCCGGACAUCUGCAAGGACUAUAAGGAGACUGGUUUCUGUGGCUUUGGAGACAGCUGCAAGUUCCUUCACGACAGAUCAGACUACAAACACGGGUGGCAGAUUGAGAGAGAACUGGAAGAGGGCAGAUACGGAGCCAAUGACGAUGAGAACUACGAGGUGAGCAGUGACGACGAGGAUAUGCCCUUUAAGUGCUUCAUCUGCAGGGAGUCUUUCAAGAAUCCCAUUGUCACAAAGUGCAAGCACUAUUUCUGUGAGACCUGUGCCCUUCAGCAUUACCGCAAGUCCAAGCGUUGCUAUGUGUGCAACACUCAAACCAACGGUGUCUUCAACCCCGCUAAAGAGUUGAUGGCCAAGAUGGAGAAACGCCAAGCUGCAGAAGACCAGCCACCAUCAGAUGACGAAGAUUAGCGACAUCCGAACCCUUUUCAACCCUCCCCUAAUGUGUUUGUCUGUGUAAAUUUGGAAUAAAAUAACCUUUUUUAAGAUA